AUGGUGCGAUUUCGUGGUCAUGGUGGUCGAAAGAAUAAACAAGGUGGCAGUGGUCGCCAAGAUCAGCAUAUUCGGCAAGGCAUGAAACAAGGUAACCGCGAACAACCACUAUUAGCUCGCGUAGUGAGGAUUGGUAUGGGUGAGAUUCACAUGCAAUGCCCUCAAGGUCGCAUAGUGAAGAUAGUAGACGCUCUCCACAUUCCUGGACUAGAUCGUCGGCUACUCUCAGUUGCAAAACUUACCCAGAAGGGUCUUACGGUGAGUAUGGUAUGA